AUGCACACCAGAUCCAAAGGACGAGACAACCUCCUAAGUACAAGCGAUCUUGACAAAGCAGAGCAAAACAAACGGUCACGCAGAGUUACUUCGCGAACCAGAAGACAAGAGGUUCCGGACAUGGCAGCCCAACCCCAACAGGAAGGAUUCCCACCCGGACCGGAACAACAAGGUGGUCAGCGAAACAAUCCACCUCUGCGACCUCACCGUCAAAUAGGUGCCGGCGAUGCACCUAACACUCACGAAAACCGUCAAGGCAUAGCCCCGCCGAAUGUGCACAACAACUUCGAAAUCAAACCGCACAUUCUGCAUCAAGUCCAACAAAAGAUCUAUCACGGUCUACCUGAGGAAGACCCGUUGGACCAUCUUGACGAGUUUGACAGAGCAUGUGAUUUGAUCACACAGAAUGGGGUAAGCGAAGACGCAACCAAACUUCGUUUAUUCCCAUUCUCACUUGAUGGCAAAGCUCGCCAAUGGGAAAAGACGAUACCUCGAGGGUCCAUCACAAGCUGGGAUCAGUGCAAGAAAGCCUUCUUGGCUAAGUUCUUCUCCUCAGUCAGAACUGCAAGCUUCAGAACCAACAUCUCAAGCUUCGCACAAAAGCACGGCGAGAGUUUCACAGACGCCUGGGAACGCUUCAAAGGAUAUCAGUCGAAGCAGAUGCUUGACACAGCAAGCCAAGGCAACUUCUUGGCCAGAGACGUCGACGACGGUCUGUUUUUGGUGGAAAACAUGGCAAUGAGCAAUGGUACAUACGGCGAAGAUCAUGACCGCACAAACAGAGGAUCCGUCGAAGCAGAGGAAAAGCACAAGAAGGAACUGAAGGUGCUGAACGACAAGCUUGACAAACUGCUUAUAGUCCAGCAAAAACAGUCGGGUUACUACAAGAACAACCCCAAUAUGUCCUAUCGAAGCACGAAUGUAGAGAACCCCCAGGACCAAGUCUAUCCUCCUCAAGCCAACACGUCUGGUCAAGGAAAGAUGUACCCAACUAAACCACGUGAUGGGUACAACAAAAAUUACCAAGGAGGCUAUCAGAAAAACACCUCUGUUCCACCUGGAUUCGAGGCUAAGCAAGGUCCGCAAGAACCUGGAGUCAAGCAGAUGCUUCAGCAACUACUUCAGGGACAGUCUACCGGAAACGUGGAUCUCAACAAGCGACUAUCUGAGAUCAAUGGGAGAAUCGACUUCUCGCACCACGACCUUCAGACUAAGAUUGAAGCUCUCACAAGUAGAAUCCAUCAGCUUGAACACAAAGGCGGAACAGCUUCCUCAUCCAGAACGCAAGGUCAACUUCCGGAACAGGACCCGCACCAGUCAAUGAGGACAUUGAGGAACAAGAGGAGGAGAUUUCAGUUGAAACUGAAGCCAGCACCUGUGACUGAAGAGGAACCACCAGUUCAAGAGAAAGAGAAAGCACCAGAGGAAGUGCAAAAGAAGAAGAAAGCCCCAGCUUUCGUUCCUCCUCCUUACAAACCGCAACUUCCCUUUCCUGUUCGAUUCAAGAAACAACAGCUUGAGAAAGCUAGAGCCCUGUUUGAUAAGCAAAUAAAGGAGAUUGAUAUUACAAUGCCCUUCUUGGACGCAUGUAUGCUCAUCCCUCCCUAUCAGAAAUUUCUCAAGGACGCUGUAACCGAGAGAAGAAAAGAGGUUCAGGGCAUGGUCGUUCUUUCUCAGGAAUGUAGUGCAAUCAUCACUAGGAAAGUGGUUGGGAAGAAGUUUGAAGAUCCAGGCAGUUUCACUCUUCCUUGUUCUAUUGGUCCUCUGGCAUUCAACCGAAGCUUAUGUGAUCUUGGAGCAGGCGUAUCUGUAAUGCCACUCACAGUAGCUAAAAGGCUUGGGUUCGAGAAGUAUCAAAAGUGCGACGUUUCCUUGGUACUUGCGGAUAGAUCAGUACGCAUCCCAGUGGGUAUGCUCGAGGACUUGCCUGUGCGAGUAGGAAACGUGGAGAUACCCACUGACUUUGUUAUCCUUGAGAUGGAUGAAGAACCCAAGGAUCCGCUGAUCUUGGGAAGGCCCUUUUUGGCAACCGCUGGAGCUAUCAUCGAUGUUCAGAGAGGGAAGAUUGAGCUAAACUUUGGAGAUGACUUCAAGCUCAGCUUCGACAUCAAGAGAUCGAUGAAGAAACCAACCAUUGAUGGACAGCUCUUCUGGGUAGAGACUUUGGAUCAGUUGGCAGACGAGUAUCUAGAGGAGUUAGCCACAGAGGACCAGCUUCAGCUAACCUUGACUGAGAAAGCGGAGGAAAAGAGCUACUUCAACACCGAAUCCUUGGAGUAUGCUCGACUCUUAGACUCCCACAGAGGGACUGUUCCCAAUGACGUGGUUGAGGAAAUCAUAGGACGCUCCGUGAGAGUUGAGGAAAUCCACAAGGUAGAGGCAGAGCACGACCUCGAGCAACCUUCAGACGAUGACUGGAGCGAGCUCAAAGCCCCAAAGGUGGACCUCAAGACCUUACCAGAUGGGCUAAGGUACGCAUUUCUUGGACCAAAUUCAACUUAUCCCGUAAUUGUGAACCAAGAACUUACCCCACCCCAAUUAACCUCCCUCCUUAAUGAGUUGAGGAAGUUCAGGAGAGCAAUUGGUUACUCUUUAGAGGACAUCAAAGGCAUAUCUCCUGAGCUUUGUACUCAUCGCAUUCACCUUGAUAACGAAUCUAAGGGAUCUAUUGAACACCAAAGACGCUUAAAUCCCAACCUCAAAGAGGUGGUGAAAAAGGAAAUCCUUAAGUUGCUUGACGCCGGCGUGAUCUACCCUAUCUCGGAUAGUACUUGGGUCUCGCCGGUACACUGUGUGCCCAAGAAAGGUGGAAUCACAGUAGUCAAGAACGAAAAAGACGAAAUGAUCCCAACCAGAACCAUAACCGGUCACCGAAUGUGCAUAGAUUACCGAAAGCUCAAUGCGGCGACUAGGAAGGAUCAUUUUCCACUGCCUUUCAUCGAUCAGAUGCUUGAGCGGUUGGCAAACCAUCCUUUCUAUUGCUUCCUUGAUGGCUAUUCGGGAUUCUUUCAAAUCCCCAUCCACCCUAAUGACCAAGAGAAAACACCUUCACAUGUCCCUAUGGAACUUUUGCCUAUAAACGUAUGCCCUUUGGAUUGUGUAACGCUCCGGCGACUUUCCAAAGGGUUCUCAAGCGCUGCGAGGAGACGAACCUAG